CGACCAAUGGGCGUUACAUAGGGCCUAUGCUGUUUUCCGAUUGCCACUGUUAUUAGUACGCCAUUGUAUUAAAAGAAGAGAUUUUCUGGAUCUCACCAUGUUUCGCAUGACAGACGUCUGUGUUUGCUCCUUGGUUUUAAUCUUAUCCCUUGGAGGAGCAGAAAUUGCCGCGCAAUGGGAGGGAAAUGACAAUUUCACCCGGCUUCUAGGUGGAGCAUCACCGAAUGAGGGCGUUUUCCAGUACCGUGGAGCCGUCAACGAGUGGCACACCUUCUGCAGCUUGGAGUAUUCGGCAGUGCUGGUUGAGGCCCCUCUCCUUUGUAAACUCGCCGGGUACAGCGUCUUUUGUAGCGUCCACAAGCUGAAUGUGAGCCCAGUAAAUGCAAGCCUGUUGCAUUCUUUGGCUGCCUUUCCGUUGGGGAAAUUCGGGUUUGAACCAACAUGUACGCUGGACGAUGCUCUUUGGUUAACAUGCGACUCGGAUUUUGAGUUGAAACUGGAGCAUGGUUACCACGAAGAUGAGGGCAUCCUUCAAGCUCGGUGCAACGACAAACAGCAGUGGCAACUAGUUUGUGGUGACGACUGGCUGGGCUCUCGGCAUGCACAUUACUUGGCCUGCCGCCAUCUUGGAUACCCUGUGACUGUUCGAGGUUCAGCCUUUGUUAUGCCCAAAUUUAUUUUGAGGAACACUUACUCUAUUUUUCUGCAUGGUGCAUUCUGCAGUGGACAGGAGGACAACCUAACUAAUUGUUAUCUUUCGCAGCAUCACUCGUCUUGCCGAAAUUACGCGGGAUUGAUGUGCACUAACCAAAGACCAAAUAUUCAGCUGAGACUGGUAGACGGCAAGCAUGAUGGAUCCGGUGUCUUGCAGGGCCGGUUCAGGCCCACCGACGACUGGGGUGCGAUCUGCUCAGACUACUGGGACGGACGAGACUCGCAAGUGGCAUGCCGCCAUCUUGGAUUCUUCGGGCAAGUGAGAGUAACUGAAUCACAGAUCAGUGGCGAAUCUCGAACAAAUGUCAGUCUUGUUCCAGAAUCAAUGUUCCUAUCAGCGGUCGGUUGUCACGGGAACGAAACUGAGCUGUCACAGUGCAACCUUGUGUCCGACGUCGAGUUCAGCUGCGAAGGAUUCCCCUACGUCGAGUGCAUGGAAGUGACGACAAGGUUUGACGUUCCUGCCUACUUGUGUGGUAAGAAAAACUACUGUGGGUAUGAAUGUAAUCCAGACCAGUUCGACCCAGAAAUUAUGAAAGGCGAAGUCUGCAAAUGCGACGAUGCAUGCGUCUACUUCAAUGACUGUUGCUAUGACUACCGAGCUAACUGCAACCCUGCUGCCGAGUGGGGAGAAAUACAAAUAAAUACUGUGAGCCUAGAGCAUUACUCGUGCGUCUGGGUACCAGGCUACGACAGCGACUACGACUUGACAGGCUUCGCUUUGGUGAGUUCUUGUCCAGACACGUUGGCUGAUUCCUUUUUGAGACAGAAAUGCGAACGCAAAGCGGCCCUAGGCGACCUGGUUGGAAUACUUCCUGUGUACGUCGUAGAGGGAGCCGUCUACAAAAACGUCUUUUGUGCACUUUGCCACGGGAUCAAAACCGAACAAUUACACACAUGGAAAGCAAGUAUAGAAUACAUAAAUGGGAACAAUGUAACUCACUAUCCUCACCUCAACAUGACGAUCAAGGGUACACCGACGGGGAGGAUUAUGUUCUCGCCACGGCGGAGUAGUUCUGGAUUGCAGGGCGUUGCCAGGAGGUGCCCAAUCAAAACGACUGGGACUUGCCUUGAAGAGUAUAGGAACACGACCCUUGAAGACGCAUGCAGGGACUACUUUGCUUCGGUCAAGGUUGGUAGCUUCCGAUUUCACAACCCCCACUGCGCAAUGUGCAAUAACCUGACAGUUCAACCAACAGCCACCUGUCAGAAACAAAAAUUCACUCCCAGGUUAGGCCUACCCAGUGUUCUCGAGAAAUGGGACCUUUGGGAUAGAUAUCCAGCUUUCAACAACUUGGACAUAUUCCCUGUCGGCUGGAGCUUUGACAGCCUGGAUAGACCUUUGCUGCAUAACCGUAUUAAUACGUUUUCCAUUGAGGAUAUAUUUGAUUUCGGCUGGGGAAAUGAUGAGAACAUCAUUUGUCCGCCAGAACAGCUUUUUGUUCCUUCUUCCGGCGAAUGUGGCACUGCUUUGUCCUUGUCGGGUGUCGCAAAAGAGGAUGGUGAUUUCCUGGAUGGUUUGCAGACUCCCAACAACUCAUCUUCACAAUGGUUUUCUUUGUUGGACGACAACUGUAACGCUGGGGUUCUGGCGAGUUUUGGCAAUGCUGCCUCGUACUGGGAGGCCGUCCCCUUACAAGGUACAGUGUUUGACCCAGACCUUGAUGUCAAAAAUUUUCCUGAAGAAUUUUCUCUGUCUGUCUUUGUCAAGACAAUUGACAAGAUUAACACUUUCCUUGGUAAUGCAAUGGCAAUAUUUGAAAACAGUUCGUCUGUCUUCAGAACAUGCAACAUCACAACUGCCGCAAUGUAUCUAGAAGAGGGAGCCUUUGCAUUGUCACAAAUAAAUGUUUGCUCAAAUGCUUCGAUGAAGGCGAAAUGUGUAGUUCAGACUUCAAUUGAUAACAAUUACACAUCCGUUCCCGAUUCUACAGUACUGAAGUUAUUUACUUGGAUCGGAAGAGGUGUUUAUGCGGAGUCCGCUGGUCGUGUGUCGCUGUCAGUGCAAAAAGAGUGUCUUGAUGUCCUGGAAUUGAUCCAGAACUGCUCUGAUGUUAAGCUCUUACAUCCCAACGAGUAUAUGUUUGAUUAUAUUCAGUUGUCCCUGUGGAAUGUAAAGAAUUACGUCCCCUUGCCCGACGGUAAGGUGGGACUGUGUGGACCCAUCGAUCCGAAAGACUUCGGUAAUUUUGCAUUAGGCGUGGUCUCUGUCGUGUGCAGUUGCCUGUCGCUUCUGGCGCUUGCAGCCACCUUUGUCACUUACUGUGCGUUCCCAGAACUCAGAAACACGGGCGGUCUCGUCAAUAUGAACCUCAUGGGGGCGCUUUUUAUUGCUAUCCUCAAUACAGUUCUUUCGGGGGUUCUGCAGUUGGAAGGGUACGUCUGUAUGGCAGCUGCCUCGAUGAGCCAUUGGCUGUGGCUGUCUGCAUUUGCUUGGAUGGCUAUAAUUUCCUGCAACGUGGCCAGAACAUUCGGUAGGACCAUGGUGGUAGCUUCCAGGAGAUCUAAGCCCAAGUGUCGUCGCUUGCUCGUCUCCAUGGCCUUUGCCUGGGGUGGCGCUUUGCUCGUUGUCUCCAUCUGCCUGUUGCUGAAUUUCUGCAACUGCACCGACCUCCCACCGAUGUACAGUGAGUCACAGCCGUGCUGGAUCGCAGAGACGACUGUGCGACUGGUGGUCUUUGGUAUCCCAGUUGCGUUGUCUCUCCUCGUUAGCACCGUUGCCUUUGCCAUCGUCAUUUUCAAGAUACGGAAAACGAAGAAAGACAGCAAGAUGGUGCGGACUCGACGACAGAUAGAGGAGACUUUUGAUGAGUUGAAGAUAUAUGGGAAGCUAAUGCUUCUUUUUGGCACAUCAUGGGUUCUCGCCUUUGUGUCUGAGGCCGUCAGCCACGUGGUCCUGUCCUACAUCAGCGUCAUCGUGAACACGCUGCAGGGGGUCUUCAUAUUUCUGGCGUUUUGUCUAAAUCAACGCGUGAGGGCGCUCUGGAGAAAAAGUCUCUCCUGCUUUGCUUGCAGAAACGCCGAGCAAAGAAAAUCGGCGUCCGAUGUGCCACUCCAUACCAUAAGCACCAGGGGAAGUUUCAAUGGCAAGUCGGGAGCAGGGACUGCCGUUGAGGAGUUCACCUAAAAAUAUCUGCAGUUUAGCUGUAACAAGUGUAGGCUAAGUGCAAAUGUACAUGUAGUCAUUGUGGUUCAUCUUAUUAUAUAUUACAUGUAUUUUGGGUGAGAUCAAUUAUCUCUCAGUCUCACGUACCCGGUUGUAAUGAAACUACUUUGAGCAGAAAAGUAUAAGGGAAUCUCAGUAACUAAAAGUAACUCAUAAGCUUCAACAUGAAACUAAGUCCCAGCUGUAACCGCGUUUUAAGAAGGGUUUUCACUUUAGUCUACAGUAAGUCUGACACUGUUUUGGAUAGAAUCCAUUUGUGCCUGUCCUUGUACCACCAGGCUCUAGACCUAAAAUGAGAAAUACUCCACCUACCUUCAUAAAAAUGGCAAUUUUCACAACGCAUUGCAUAUUUUAAACACGUUAUAUUUUGAGAGGUGUUUGCCCUCGGACUUGUGCCAAAGCGAACGAACGGGUAUAGCCAUAGUGCAAUUUAAUAUUCUUGUACGUAUCAUUGGAUGUGGCUAAUUCUUAUGUGCUUCAAAUUUGCACACAGAAUGUGUUCAUUUGUUCGUCAUGAGAGCAGCCAAGCAAUACAAAAUAAAUACAAAUUUUGAAAACGUCAGAUGUGAAGAGGACGGCUUUGAACGGUCCCUUGUCCUUUGGUGCAUGAAAAGGUUGAAUGUAGGCUCCCUUGGCACGAAUAUGACAAACCGAAGCAGUCUGGCAAUUUACCUUUUGGUUAAACAUGAAUUUGCAAGUAAAAUAGUUGUUGAAAUGUAAGCCCUAGCCCCUUUCCACAUACCCAUCCCACAACCACCCCCACCCACCAAUAAACACUGCAAGCCAGCAGGCAGCUCUCGAAACAGGGAUAUGUUUGCAGAGGCCGUAUUAUGUCCACUGGGAUUGGCAUGGCGAUAGUGACUGAUUGCCAAUCAGAAAGCAGCAACAAGGAAUGAAGCCUCUAGAAACUUAAAUGAGGUUUCCCUGAACUGUCAGGUUUAUCAGCAUUUUAACAUUUUCAGUGACUGUGAUUUUUUCAGUAGCCUAAUACGGAAAUCUUCUUAAUUAAGCAACAGUCCCGUCUGUUGAGGGGUUCUUGUCAUGACUUGCAAAGGACAGUAUGGUAUCAGAUACGUAAUACAGGAUUCGAUUUUCUUCAAAAGUUGACAAUAAUAUUUCUACAUUUAUAAAGUUACGAUUGUAGUGUCUCACAGUUGUAGAAACCUCUCUCUUGUGCAAUUCACAUACAUUUUUGUAAGUAAAUUACAUGAAGUUACACCGAUUACCUUAGUACGCUGCGUUCGACGUUGUUCACUGUUAAGCUUUCCCCAGUUGGCUUUGGCUAUUGUUCAGCGAGGACUACGUUUUUGUUUUCGUUGUUCGCGACACAUCGCUUACAUCAUAAUGUAUAAUGUGCGUUAAGUAUAGUAAAGGGGCUCUAUUUCGGUGUGUGUGUGGGUGUGUGUGUUGGGGGGGUAUGCCUGAUUUCAAACUGAGUACACCGAAACACCCAGAUCGGAUCUCUACUGGUAUUAUUUCGAGUGAAGAAUUGUGCGAAGCGAACCGGCCAAUAGCGGAGGUGACGGCAACACGAGGAAUAAUCUAGUUCCCUGCCCAAAGAUGCCUUGACUACUCUUAAUAAAAAUUCUUAGGUCAGGGAUCUCCCACGGAUAUAAAUAGAUAUGACGCAAGGGUCAGGGGUCACAAGUUGAGAGCCCAGUUUUUUUUUAUUUCACGACAGUGGUACAUACUGUAUGUAUUUGCCAGUCGUCAGGUCCUGAUUCUUCCUAGCUUCUCUUCUAGGGAGAUUACCUAGGAGACUUUCGAUUUCAGUGUAAAGUCAAAUAUUGUAGAUUCAACAGCUGUCAUUAGGAUGCGGGAGUUUACUUUCAACGGCUAAUCUACCUACCCGGCCGGGAAUAACUGAACAUCAACGGUACCAUCCGAACAUGCCGAAUAUAGACUGGACGACUUCGGAAUAUUUCGGCUAU